AUGCAAUUCGUGUUCAUUAGUGCCAUAAGUUUGAAGAAGAAAGUAUGAUAUUGCUGUGUUCAUAAUGAUUCUUGAAGGAUUCAUACUCAUAUCUAUUUACUUUUCUCUAUCUAUCUUUAUCCGCUUCAUUAUCACCUCCAUUUUGCAGGUGCUAUGCACGCAGUUCCGCGAGUGCUGGGGCCUGAGGAGCCAUGGAGACCAAUGUACUACACGGACGCCGAGAAGGUGGCGGCAGUUCGUCGCACGGGCUUCUACAUAUUUGUGAUGUGGCAAGCGAUCAUUGGCACGUGGAUGAUCUACGAUGGAGUGUACCGUCCGGUCGGCGAUUGUGAGAUGUACAGAUCGGACGCGCCGAUGAACAUCGAGGCGAUCAACUUCCACGCGGGAUGGACGAAAGACAAGCAGUUGUUCAAGUACGCGCUCGUCGAGUACAUUUUGCACGAGAAGAGCGCGGAGCGAAUGUAUCGAGAUCAGACAAAGUCCGAGUACGACGAGAUUCCGAUUUUGUUUAUUCCGGGCGCCGGCGACUCGGUGGACAGCCAGCAAGUGUUGGCUCGUCUCGUGCACGAGCAAACGAGAGGCAUGCCGUUCCGGUACCGCUGGUUCGCCGUCGACUUUAAUCGACGAGAACCACACGAGUCGGGCGACAUCCUCACCACGGAGCAUAGGUUUGUGGUCAGAGCUAACGAGAUUCUGAGUAAAAUGUAUCCGCGAAAGAAGACGGUACUGAUCGGGCACACGUACGGAGGAAUCAUCGGACUGGCGUCGAUGUCGGUUUACGAUUGGACGAGUCCUCUGCCGGAAAGCAUAAACGUGACGAAUAUGCUGAUCGCCCAGUCCUCGGGAUUUCAAGCGUGGUACUACGUGGAUGAGCGCAUAUACAGGUUUUACCGAGGAUUGGAUGCCCACUGGAAUCGAAAAGUGGAGACGGGUGACUACGGUGUCGCCGCGUACGGAGUCGGAAUGAAGUCGGACGUUUUCCAUCCGGCCGGAAACUACAAAAAAGGAAUGACCCAGGUGCCGAUGUGGACGCUCGACAAGAUCUCCGAUUGCGGAGUCAACGAGAAGGAAGUGUUCCAGUGCGUCUCGCUUUUGGACCAAAACAAAGAUCUUCUCAUCGAGUAUGGCUUGAAUUACGAGCACAAGUCGGGCAAGGAGAUUGUCGAGGGAUUCUUCGACAGGUGGCAGCAGGAGAAGAUUGCUAAGCUUCCCGCCGAGUGGAAAAGUGACCGAUUGCCGGCAGUGAAAACCAUUCGAACGGGUUUCAAUCACCAUUUUAUCAUGCGCGGGAAACAGUGGCUGACUGUGAAGCUGCAGAGAUCCGAGUUUAUUCAUCUGAACAUCACAGGAGAGUGCUGUGAGUGUACCAUAUUUUUGACCUUCUUCGAACCACUCCCUAUUCUCAGUGACUGCCGCCACUAUCAUUCGUGGCCGUCAAUUCAUCCGUCGCAAAGAUGAUCUGAUGGACGGACGUCGGUUCGAGUUCAGCGUGUUGGAUGCGAAGCCCUUCGAAGACAUCCGCCUACUUCUCGAGUCAGAAGCCGAUUGCUACAUUACGAUCAGCACGAAUCCGUGGUGGUUGGUGUACGGUCACCGAUUCUUUGAGGUAAACCUAUUCAGCUAUUGUAAAUGCAAACAACAUUUUAUCUUCAGGGCUGGUCGCGAGACGGUCAUCAGAUGCUCGUCUUCACGAUCAUGACCGCCACGCUGCUUACGGUGCUCGAAGGCGAGAAACGCAAGAUUCUGUACGAUCAUCUCUUCGACAUACUUGUGCUCUUCUCGAGCGUAACAAUCUAUCACGGAUACCACACACUUGGCACACCGUUCGCCGGACAGAUUGUCGGAAUCGGGCUCACUAUGAUCACCUACUUUAUCUCCAGCGCCGUCAAUUCGUUGUCCAUUCAACUUUUCUACACGUACGUCGUGGCACCAUGUCUCCUCCACUAAUUACAAUCAUUUCAGAAGUGUCGACUACUACCGUCCGUUCAAUACAGGCAACAAUUUUAACUUCGAGGUGAUGCACCUGUUGUCGCUCGCGUUCAUGUGCGCAAACACCUACAUCAGCCUGCUCUUCACCACGUGCAUGUUCAUUGUCAGCAAUCGCAUCUUCCUCUACCCCAUCUGGAUCCUCCCGAUGCUUCAGUUGGCCUCAAAAGUCGGCAAAAUUGAAUGGGUCGACGUUGGCAGCCAGUACGAAGUGGGCACGCAACACGCCGCUCUCUUUGGCCUGCUCGCCUUCGAAUACAUUUUUGAAAGGGUCGAAGUGCUCCUCAAACGCUCUCACCUCUACAUCCUCACCGGCUGCGUGUUCGUCGUGCAGGCCUACAUGGUCCAUUCGCCACUCGAGUACCAUUACAAUUUCGCUCUCUUCCUGCUCAUCGUCAACAAACACACAAGAAACUACACGCCGUCGAUUCUCAGCAAGGAUUGUAUCGAUCUGGAAGCACUGGAAAGGGAGUAUCAGCUGAAGGAGAAGAUGGACUAG